AGUUCCCAGAGACAGUCAAAUCGGAUUCCUUUGGGAAAGGACACAAAUCACUCCCGUUUGAACAAGGGGAACAGCGAGGGAGCUGUCUCCACAAGGGUCCACCUCUCCUGGUUGAUUUCAUAUUGCUCAUUCAUGUGAUCUGAUCAGAGAAUACUCUUUGUGGAGAAAGACAGGGAAGGAAAGGAGGAGAAAAUAAAGAAAAAAAAGUCUCUGGAUGAUGACAUUUGAUCUAACCCUCAGCGAAGCCCGUUCUUGAUCCUAUUGUUUCUUAAAGUGACAUUAGACUUUUUUCUUGCGCACGUUAGACCAAAGGGAACUCCAGUCUAAUCUCGCAGUUUUUGUUUGUUUGUUGCACGGUGUUCCCAAACCUGGAUGUUGACAUCUCGCGUUUCUUUUGGCACGUCGCUCUGUUUUCUGUUUCAGAGAGGAAGCGCUAAUAGAGACAAACGCGGUGACACCUGCUCACCCAUACACUUCUCCUUGUCUUUUUUUUAACGGAGCGAUCAAAAGAAGCAAGCGCCGACUGAGACGGUGACAGGAGUCUGUUUUCAUGUUCGGGAUUCAAGACAGCAUUCAAAGGAGCGGGAGUAGUAUGAAAGAGGAGCCCAUCGGUGCCGGGAUGAACGCUGUCCGGACAUGGAUGCAGGGUGCCGGGGUGUUGGAUGCGAACACAGCCGCUCAGAGUGGAGUGGGUCUUGCUCGAGCACACUUUGAGAAACAGCCUCCUUCAAAUCUUCGCAAAUCCAACUUCUUCCACUUCGUUUUAGCGCUAUACGACAGACAAGGACAACCCGUGGAAAUUGAAAGAACUACUUUUGUUGGAUUUGUUGAAAAAGAAAAGGAAACUACCGGAGAAAAGACAAACAAUGGGAUCCAUUACAGAUUGCAGCUUCUUUACAGCAACGGCAUCAGAACAGAACAGGACUUUUAUGUACGCCUGAUUGACUCCAUGACCAAACAGGCAAUUAUCUAUGAAGGGCAAGACAAAAACCCAGAGAUGUGCAGGGUCCUGCUGACGCACGAGAUCAUGUGCAGCCGCUGCUGUGACAAGAAAAGUUGUGGCAAUCGUAACGAGACGCCCUCUGACCCGGUCAUCAUUGACAGGUUUUUCCUGAAAUUCUUCCUCAAAUGCAACCAGAACUGCCUAAAGAAUGCAGGGAACCCACGAGACAUGCGGCGAUUUCAGGUGGUGGUGUCUACAACGGUGAGCGUGGAUGGACACGUCCUGGCUGUGUCUGAUAACAUGUUUGUUCACAAUAACUCUAAACAUGGACGCAGAGCUCGCAGGCUGGACCCGUCUGAAGGCACUCCAUCAUACCUAGAACACGCUACCCCUUGCAUUAAGGCCAUCAGUCCCAGUGAAGGCUGGACGACAGGGGGUGCCACAGUCAUCAUCAUUGGUGAUAACUUCUUCGACGGUCUACAGGUCAUCUUUGGCACCAUGCUGGUCUGGAGUGAGCUCAUUACCCCUCAUGCCAUCCGAGUUCAGACUCCUCCCAGACACAUUCCCGGGGUUGUGGAGGUCACUCUGUCCUACAAGUCAAAGCAGUUCUGCAAAGGCACACCAGGCAGAUUUAUCUACACAGCACUGAAUGAACCCACUAUUGACUACGGUUUCCAGCGGCUACAGAAGGUGAUCCCUAGACACCCAGGCGACCCUGAGCGCUUACCAAAGGAGGUGAUUCUGAAGAGGGCAGCAGACCUGGUGGAAGCUCUGUAUGGGAUGCCACACAAUAAUCAGGAGAUCAUUCUGAAAAGAGCGGCGGAUAUCGCAGAGGCGCUCUACAACGUCCCACGUGGACACAACCAACUGUCAGGUCUGGCCAACAGCUCAGUCCACGCUGGCAUGAUGGGAGUCAACUCCUUCCACAGCCAGCUCGCUGUCAAUGUCUCUGAGUCCAUACAAGGAACCAAUCAGGGUUUCAGUCGAAACACAAGCAGUGUAUCCCCUCACGGUUAUGUACCCAGCACGACCCCCCAGCAGAGUAGCUACAGUACCGUCUCUACUAGUAUGAAUGGAUAUGGCAACACAGGCAUGACCACGCUGGGAGGUUCGCCCAACUUCCUCAAUGGCUCUGCUGCCAACUCUCCUUAUGCCAUUGUUCCUUCCAGUCCCACCAUGGCCUCCUCCACCAGUCUUCCCUCCAACUGCAGCAGUUCCUCAGGCAUCUUCUCUUUCUCUCCGGCCAACAUGGUGUCUGCAGUCAAACAGAAGAGCGCUUUUGCUCCCGUCGUGCGGCCCCAGGCCUCGCCGCCCCCCACCUGCACCAGUGCCAAUGGAAACGGCCUCCAAGUAGAUCAAUCUUUUGUGGACUCUAGCAAGUACUCAACCGCCAGCUCCCUGCAGGGACUGGCCUUCUCCUGAACGAUCCCAGGGAUGAUUGUUCCUCCCAUGUAGGGGCUCCUGGGCCGCUGAAGAGGCACAUUUGAUUUCAGCUCUGACCAGAGAAUCUACUCUCUAGGCUGAAGGCAAUUUCUGGUGGAGGAGACAUGAAAACUAAAGUUUUAAAACUCAGGCCUUUUGACAAAGGAAUCUCAUUUCAUGGGAAGAAAUGGUUUGUUUGCUUUUGUUUUUAAGCUGUUCUGGACUGCUGUACCGAAGGACUUCACCCCCGUGUUUUGCCCAUGCAGAAAGGAGAGAUGUAACUCCUUUUUAUUUUGUUCAUGGGCUUUUUUGAUGAAUUGAAUGAUCACAUGCCUUUUUUACAGACUGUAUCACACAAACAUGACACUUUAGGAGCGGGUGCAUCUGUAAUGUUUCUUGGAGCAGCGACGGGCAACAGCACAGAUCUCUGUUAAUACUGACCAGUUUUUAUAUAAAUAGACACAUUGGUGCAAAAUCCAACUGAGAGCAACGGCCAACCGUUUGAACACAGAAAAAAAAGUUUUUUGUUUUUUUUUUGUCCCAAAAAAAGAGAAGCCAACAAAAUGUUUGCCAUAAUAUUGUUUGUUUUCAUACGAAAUGAAAUUGUAGCGCCAUACUCACUUGCCUAUUGUUUUUUUUUAUUUUUAUCAUAUGUCAUACAAAGCAUUUGGGUACCAGUUGGUUUGAAUGGCUAUGAUGUAGGAAAGUUAUUUAAGAGUUAUUAAAUGCUGUCAUGCUGUAAUUUUUGAAUGUUCAGAUCCAUCCUCAAAGAGAAGAAAAAGUGACCCAAUUUCCACAACAAAUCAGAAUUUAUGUUCUUGCAAAUAUUUGCUGCUAAAUAGAGCAGAGAUAUGCAGUAAGCAGAUGGACUGAAGGAAAAAGACCUCAGUUGCCAUGCCAUUUAAAUUAAAAAAAAAAUAACUUUUGAAUUUUAUGUGUGCUCAAAGAAUGUGCUGAUUAGUUUUUUCUUUUUAGUUUUUGCUUUGUCUAUGGAAAAAAAAAUGAAACUGUGAUAUAUACAUUUUAAUGUGUUUGGUUUGCUGUGUUUGCUAGUGAAGGAUACAGGUUAAAUGAAGUAUAAGAAGAAUAUUAUUUCAGAGCCAACGGUUAAAGCAACCCAUUUUUUUCCUUUUCUAUGUGUUUCUUUGGCUUGUUUUGGGGGGACAUUACUUGAAUUAGCUAAGUAUUUUCAUGUUUAGACAGCAUUGUAGGAAGGAUGCUUUCCAAAUGUGUCAAACACCCAACACCCAGCAAUUUGAUUGGCUCACUUUGGUAGUCGUCUAUUUUUGUACAUAUACUUUCAGUUGCCAAAGUCUUUGUUUUAUUUGUAUUUAUCUCAGAAUGGCUUAUGGCAGCUCAUAAUAAUACUGACAGUCGGUUCGUUGCAUAAGUUACACAAAAUCUCACCAAUUUCAGCAAACACAAAUCAUGGAUUCUGGACAAAAAGAGGGGAGUCUCUGUAAAAUAUCCAUAUAAAUAAUGUAUGUAUAUCCAGAUUUUGUAUAUUGCUUUUCUCCCCAAAUUCACUUUGAUUGUGGAAGGUUUUUCGUGAUUGUUUAUCCAUCUGUUGGCGUUUAUCACCGGCAUUGUCUUUAUUGUUAAUGUCUUUGUUUGAAUUUAGGUCCAUGUUUUGUAUCACGUCAAGCUUUCCAUUUUUAUUUUAUUCGUAAAAAGCCAUUGUCUAUUUUUGUAUAAUUUGUAAGUUAAAAAGCAAUUGUUUUCUUUUUGGAAUUUUUUAAUGUAUGGCAAAAAAGUAGCAUCUCAGCAUUUAGUUACGUAGAUUAUAUAUAUAAAUAUAUAUUAUAUAUAUAUAAAUAUAUGAUGAAUAUAUAAAUCUAUAUCUUUUCCUUGAGGCUGACAGAACCUGUACUAUUGUAAUAACAUGCAUGGGCUCUUCUCUGAGAGUGAUGGUUUUAUUUUGUGUGUCAAACCUAGAAGGACGUGUUUGAUGAAGUUUUAAUCCACGCUCUUUUCUUUCCUCUUUUAUUUAUCUGAUUAUUUAUGCCAGCUUAUAGACCUGUCUAUUCCACUCUCUCUCACACAUAUAUCAGUACCAGCAGUAUUGAUGCCUUAACAAUGCAAACCCAUAAGCGUAAAAAUCACUUGUACAGACUUCACAACCACCACUACCAGUAACAGUAGCCACAGAGUUCCUUAAGGGAUUUCUUUCCAGGAAAAAAAAGCACAAAUUGGUCUGUUUUACCUAAAACGAGAAGGGUUAAAUUAAUUAUUUGCCCUUUUUCUGUUGUUUGUAUUAUGAAGGAUAAUGAGAGAGAUUAUAUUUUCUGUGUUGCUAGUGCCAUGGGUUGCACUUUCUUGUUAAUUUAAAGCAAAAGGCUGCCUUUUUUCAUUCGUUUAUGUCCGCUGCGUUCUUGAGAGCUCAAGCCAUAUUCUACAGUGUCACCGUUCACUCUGAGGGGACGUUCGCUUUAGCUGGAGGUGCAUGUGAACCUGCAUGUUUUUGGGUCGUGCCAUAGCACUUUGUAUGGUAUCAUUGAUGUAUUUCUCACCCUGAGCAAAGUGAAUCCAUAUCAGAGCACAAGGCCUUGCCCCCGGAGCUGAGGUUCUGACUCCCAGUCUGUAACGCUGUGACUCGAGUCUAAUUCUACUGUCAGCCGAGUCGGCCCUCGAGGAUCGUCUUCAGGGCUCUUUUAUCAAUGGUUUAAGUGCUGUCUUCUGUAAUGUGUGUCUGCGAUCUGCCAUCUAACAGAAAAAUGGCUUUUAAUAUGCUGAUGUGUGAGGACUUUUGAUCAGAAAUGACUGAUGAUAGACCAUUCAUGAUGUUUUUCUUUUCCAUUUGUGGCUUUGUUAGCAGCUCCAACGCAAUGAAUAAGAUGGACUCCUUAUAAAAUGAAAGCAUUUGAUUGGACACAAGACUCGAACCAAAAAGCUGGUCUCCUUUUUUCCUGUCUCCUAUUCUUGUGUUUGUUUGUUUAAUUUUUUUUUUUUUAUUAUUUUGACUGAAUACACACUGAACCGUUCUAUUGAUAGGAAAACUCAAGACAAAAACUACUGUAUAGAUUGUUAUCAUUUUUGAUGAAAGCUGUAAAAUAACUUUUCAAAGUUCACAAUAUUAAAUUAAAGUUACUUCUUGUCUGUGA